CCGUAGUUUCGUACAUCCGUCUCUCACGCGUCUCUCGUAAGGUUCGGCUCAUCCCCCCUUCCCCUCUCUCUCUUUUCCCCCUAUCAUGUGGCCACCGUGGGUGAAUACCACACGAUCCUCCGGCGCUGCCUGCCGUUCGCCCUCCUUCUCGUCCCCCACCCUCAAAGACCUCCACGCCAUCCUCGACGAUGGCCCCGGAAAGCCCCCCUCCUCCCACGCCCUCCGCCGCAUCCUCCACCGAGCCUGCCUUGCCUCCACCGCCCUACGCGCCCUCCGCUCCGCCGCCUCCGCCCCUUCCUCCGACCCCCUAGACCGCCGCCGCCGCGGCGUCUUCGUUCUCUACUUCACCUCCCUCCGAGUCGUCCGCCGCACCUUUGAGGACUGCCGCUCCGUCCGCUCCAUCCUCCGGGGCCUCCGCGUCGCCGUCGACGAGCGCGACCUCUCCAUGGACCCCCGCUUCCUCGCCGAGCUCCAGGCCGCCCUCGACUGCCCCCAGCCCACCCUCCCCCAGGUCUUCCUCGCCGGCCGAUGCCUCGGCGGCGCCGACGAGAUCCACGGCCUCCACGAGUCCGGCGAGCUCAAGGCCCUCAUCGACGGGCUCGCCCCCGCUACCUCCGUCUGCAACCGCUGCGGCGGCGUGCGCUUCGUUCUCUGCGCCGUCUGCAGUGGCAGCCACAAGCGGUACAGCGACAAGGGCGGCGACUUCCGGGCCUGCGACGAGUGCAACGAGAACGGCCUCGUUCGUUGCCCCGAUUGCCUCACGUCAGCCGUCUGAUCGAGAUCGCAGGGCCGAUCCUUCCCCUCCUUUUUCUUGGAAGAACAAACAAGAGAAGGGUUCGUCCCUUUCCCUUUCAUGUUUUUCUUAUCAAAGGGAAAUGGAAGACAGUUGUAAUUAGGCAUACCGAUCACUUAGUUCGUGUGGUGACAUUUUGGAUCGAAACUGGAGAAAGAUCCCAUUAACAAGUUAUACAUUCUCUUUA